AAACUACUGCGUCGGCGCCAUCCUCGUCUCCCCUUCCUCCCCCGACCCCAUCCUCUCCACCGGCUACACCCUCGAGCUCCCCGGAAACACGCACGCCGAGCAAUGCUGUCUGUCAAAACUCGCCCUCGCCAUGAACAUUUCCGAAGAACAUGUCGGAAGCAUCAUGCCCGAGGAUACAGUGCUGUAUACAACAAUGGAGCCUUGUGAUUUUCGCUUGAGUGGGAAUUUGCCUUGUACGGAGAGGGUGUUGGGGACGAGGAAUUGUGGGCGUGGCCAUAUGGGUAUAAGGAAGGUUUAUAUUGGCGUCGAGGAGCCUGAGAAGUUUGUGGGUGAGAACAAGGGGAGGAAGAAGCUUGAGGAUGCUGGCGUCGAGGUUGUACAUGUGCCGGGGCUUGAGUAUGACAUUCUGAAGGUCGCUACGGCUGGACACGAGAUAAAAGAAGAAGAAGGAGAGGAAGAGCAAUAGUAGUUGAUUAUGCUAGUCAUGUACGUUUCGUUGCAGGCACUGUCCGAAGAGUGCACCUUUAGUUGCCUCUUGCGGCAUCCUCCUCCUUAUUCUUGGGAACACUGAUGAUCUUGGGCACAACAACAGAGUUGAGCUUACGGAAGGC